AUGGGCGAGUCCCGCAGCCCCCUGGCACCGACACAGGCCCGUCUGCCUCGCUCAGAGCCCAAGACAUGCACCAACACGCCUAUCGCGGAGCUCCAGCAGUUCGCGCUGCCCGCCAGCUGCUACCCCCGCGAUAACGCCGUAUACUCAGAUGACGAGACAUACCAAGCCGGACCUCGUACAGACUUCGCGGCUGCCAACACCCAGCCUGUCUCACAUACCGCUGCACUGCCUGCUACCAACCCGACCGCUCAUCCACUUUCCCUCCCUCACAUUCCCGCUCCUCCAUGUGUCCGCACACCCUCAGACGCCGGCCUACACUUGCGGACCGACCUCGACGCGCUUGCUGUGUCCACGCCGCAAGACUCGCCCGUUACCCCUACAAUAGUCGAGAGCAAAGCCGACAGCUACCUCUCGCACGCAGCCACCGCGCCUAUACCCAUCCAGGGACAGGUGCUGAGGACCAGGCUUUCCCAGGCUAGCAUGGCCAGCUCGCUGUCGCCAGGCUCAGCGUUAUCUUCUCCGAUGCUGAAUUCGCUGCAAGACAUUACCCCUCUGCCCUCGCCGUUGGUGACGCAGGCCUCACCGGGGCCAUGGCACCGAGCUGCCACAACCACGGUACACCCCAGCUCCCGGGGCGGACCGUCCAGCCUCCCCCGCGACGAGAGCUUCAAUAUGCUUUCCCCCGCCGCACUAGAUACCUCACCUCCAAAAAGGAAAACCUAUGGGAAUCUCACACCUGGCGCAGCCGACGGUUUAAGAGGAAGCGCAGAGAGACACAACGCAGCCGCACACGCACGCAACAGAAGCCUCAGCGAAUAUAUACCAGAACCCCUCCACAACACCCGACCUCGCAACGUCACCCUCCCAGGCAUGGAUCCGCAAUCCCCAGACAGAAAGUCCUCCAUCACAUCCAUGCACCGCGAAGCCUACCUUGCCGCCCAGCGCGGCCUCGACACCUCCACUAACCCCGCGGGCCCCUCAAAUCUCCCCACCCCACCUCCAAGCAACCGCAGCAGCACCUCAACCUCCGAGCCCGACCUCCAAGACUCCGAAGCCGAGGUGCCCGCAGCAAACUACCUCACCAUCCGGCUCGGCGCCUCCCGCAAACCAGUCCGCUACCUUCCCCUUCGCCAACUCGGCCAAGGCACCUUCAGCAAAGUCCUCCUCUGCACCUCGCAGCCAGGCGUCACGCCCUCGACCCCCGAAUCAUCCCUCAACCGGCGCGCCCUCGUCGCCGUCAAAGUCGUGCAUCACGGCCCCGCGGGCGGCGCAGACGAAGAGCGCAUCGAGCUGAGCCUGAAAAGAGAAGUCGAGAUGCUGAAGAGGGUCAAGCAUCCGUGUAUCGUAAGGUUGAGGGCGUUCGACUGCGACGACGAGAAGGCCCUGCUGGUGCUGGGCUAUUGUCCGGGCGGGGAUCUGUUCGAAAUGGCGAGUGAGCGGCGCGAGAUGCUUACGGAGCCGGUGGUGCGGAGGAUGUUUGCAGAGUUGGUGGGCGCGGUGAGGUAUUUGCACGGGCAUAAUAUUGUGCAUAGGGAUAUCAAGCUCGAGAACGUCCUCGUCAACCUCCCCCUCUCCGCUCUUGCUUUAUUAAACAACCUCCCAACGCAUCCAAACCCCCUAAUAACCCUAACCGACCUCGGCCUCUCCCGCCUCAUCGAUCCCGCCUCCCCCCUCCUGACAACCCGAUGCGGGUCCGAAGACUACGCGGCCCCGGAGAUCCUCCUCGGGCAGUCCUACGACGGCCGCCAAACCGACGCCUGGGCGCUCGGCGUGCUGCUCUACGCUUUAGUCGAGGGCCGCUUACCAUUCGAUCCCGCGCCCGCCGGGCCGGGGAAACGGAGGGGCUAUGGGGGAAGAGGACGCACGGUGCAUCGCAUUGCGAGGUGCGAUUGGGUGUGGUGGCGGUGUGGGGAUGAGGAGGGGGAGUGGGAUCCUGCUAGGGGCAGGGGGUGGGAGGGAGUGAGGGAGGUGGUGGAGGGGUUGUUGAAGAAGGUUAGUCGGGGGAGGAAGAGUUUGGAGGAGGUGGAGGGGAUGGAGUGGGUGAGAAGGGGGAUUCAGGUAGAGGGUGGAUUGAAGAAAGGGCCGGAAGAUGGACUAGAUGGUGAGGAAGAGCUGGAUGUUGAGACGCCGAUGAGGGAGUCGGGGGAGUGGGGGAGGUAG